AUGAGCACCUUUUUCCCGACGGGCGGCCCCACCUACUACAACAGGGGUGUGGUAAAGACGCUCGACUACAUCAUUGUACCGCAGGGGUGGCACAAGGCUACGAUGUGGUGCAGGACACUGACACGAUCGGCCUGGCGACUUCAGCUGCACAACCAGAGUGCGUUGUGGGACCAUCUUCCGCUGGGUGCAUGUUUCGACAUCGACAUCAUAGGACAGCCAUACGAGCCGAUCAAGCGGACACAGAUCAACAGAGAGAUGAUCGCGAAGAUGCUCCAGUUCGGUGACCGACGGCCUGAGUUUGUGGCGACAGUAGAGGCGCAACUACGACGGCACUUCCAACAGCUACGAGCGCUGCCAUGGCGCGAGAUCCCCGAUUUUGCCAAUGCAGCGCUCCACGAAGCGAUCAAGGCAGGCGCUGAGCAGCACUGCCAGAGCACCGUCGGCUACGUAGAGGAUCAUGCUGAGCAUACGCGAGAAGCCAGGCAGCUACUUCGACAGCGCCGUGAGCUACGUGAGCGACGUGUUUCAAUUCGUGAGUGUGUAGAUGUGAAGGUGGCAGUUCAAGUUGGCAAAGUUAGCGAGGCCCCGUACCAGCAAGCGAUCAACGACGCGGCGGACAUCGCCGCCGCUGGGGUAGGGGGGUCAGGUACCGACGGCGAUGUACGAAGUAAAGGUGAGAUUGACAGGGGUAUUCUUUCUGAGGCAACCAGUGAGUAUGAGCGCUUCACACAUGAGCAGAUGUACGCAGCUCGAGAGAUCAGCAUAUUUACGUUUCGAUUGAAGGUUGUGAGCAGGUGGUUGACACAGCGGAAGCGAGCAUACUGGAGCGAGGUAACCGAGCUGAGAUGCGAGGAGUCUAUGAAGGCUGCGAAGGCGAACGACACGUUCACAGCCCACAAGCUUGCACGGCUUCUUGCACAGCGCAACCAUGGCGGUCGCAAGCGAGUCCUUGGGCUCCACGCCAUCCCUGGGGCUACUGAGGACUGGAUCACGCGCGUGAAGCUGAAGGGAUGCGAGGGCGGGUGCUCGGCGACUGAAUAUGACGAGAACCAGCUGCGGGACAUGCGAGACUAUCCGAGGUCCAUGAUUGUCACGCAGGAGGAGAUCGGCGAGGAGGUGAGGCAGCUUCGUUCAGCGGCAUGGCGAGCCAAACUUUGGAGAUCAUGUCCCGAGUGGAGUUCGUCGACGGAGUUGCUGAGAGUCACGAUGUUCCCCCAGUGGUAUAAGAAGCGUAUGAUGCAUCGUAGACAAGGGCUUGGCUAUGAGUCGGAGCUCGAGAAUCUCGCCACGCCUACGUUCCACGCGUUCUUGUGGACGCUCGUCGAGGGCACCCUCCGCACUCAGCGGGCCCCUCUCCUAUGGGCGCGUGCUCGCGCGGCCAUGAUUGGCAUGGGCAACGAGAAGGAGGGCGUAGAUGGCGAGAGGGUGGUGAUGAUGAUCUGCAGCUCGGCGAGGUUCCACUGCCGCGCGAUGCUCAUGCCCGCGGACGCCGAGAACGCGCCUUGUUGGGCUUACGGAGCCAUCAGACACCGGCGGCGGGAAGGAGCGAUUGUGGUCCAGAUGCGCAGCGCCUGCAGGCUCAAUCAUCAUGGAUACCAGCACGCCCGUCGCCUGCAUGAUGCAGCGAACGCGUUCUAUUUGAUCAAGACGGGCAGGCUGAACCAAAUCGUCCUGCAGCGAGUUCAUUCCCGACAUGUACCUCUGAGGUUGGACAGAGUGAAGUGGGCCCACUUCAACUUCGACGGCGAGUCGGAUCGCCUCUUGCUGAUGGGUGAGGGCUGCGUGCCAGGCGACCCCGUGAUGGUUUUCCUCUUGGUCAUGGCGUACGCGAUGGGGCUCGAAGAGUACGCCCAGGCUGAAUGUCAGAACUUAGAGGUUGUUUUCACCGUGGACGGGGCAGGCAACCCAGGCCGCCAGUACCCGUAUUGUGGGUGA